GCAGCGGGCUCCCUCAGAGCGCCAUCUUCUGAAAGGCUCGCCGUGUGAAGGGGAGAGGGAGUUUCCAGGCUGCUGUUUUACCGUUUCUGGGUUUUAUAUGAUCUCUGUGUUCCGUUCAGCUCCAGCCUCGGUUUAACCUCCCGUCAGUGAGCGUGUUUACCGGAGCUGAGCGCGGCGGGGCGGCGCUGGCGGGCUGUGUGUGAGCGCGGGUAUAUAGAGCGGGUCAGGCGGAGGCCUCGGAACCAUGGGGGUGAAGCCGCAGCGUCCUCGCUGCUUCUUUGAUAUCGGCAUCAGCAAUACGCUGGCUGGACGUGUUGUCAUUGAGCUUUUCGCUGAUGUAUGUCCCAAGACAUGUGAAAACUUCCGUUGUCUAUGCACAGGUGAAAGGGGGGUUGGAAAAACAACCCAAAAACCUUUGCACUACAAGGGAUGCCUGUUUCACAGGAUAGUGAAGGACUUCAUGAUACAAGGAGGAGACUUCAGUGAAGGAAAUGGCAGGGGAGGUGAAUCCAUUUAUGGAGGCUUCUUUGAAGAUGAGAGCUUCUCUGUCAAACAUAACAAGGAGUUCCUGCUGUCUAUGGCAAACAGAGGCAAAGACACCAAUGGCUCACAGUUUUUUAUAACUACAAAACCUACUCCUCAUCUGGAUGGAAUUCAUGUGGUGUUUGGUCAGGUGAUCUCAGGCCAGGACGUGAUCCAGGUGAUUGAGAGUCAGAAGACGGACGCUAAUAGCCGACCCUACGCCGAGGUCAAGGUGCUUAAUUGUGGAGAGCUCAUCCCCAAAUCCAAAGCUAAGAAAGAGAAGAAAAAGAAGAAGCAGCAGUCAUCCAGUGAGAGCAGUGAUUCUUCAGCUUCCUCCUCAGACUCCUCUUCUGAAUCUGAAGAGUUGGACAAGGAGGAUAAGAAGCAGAAGAAGAAACAUAAGAAGGAGCAAAAGAAGAAAAAGAAGGAGCAGAAACACAAGAAGAAGAAGGAGAAAAGUUCUGAUCAUGAAGAAGCAGAAGAGGCAGAGCCCCAGCAGCCGCUUUCCACAAUUCGUCCAGAGGAAGUUCCUCCUAUCCCAGAAAAUCGUUUCCUUAUGCGACGGAGUCCCCAGCAACAGCCGCCCAAAGAGGAGGAAGAAAAAGAAAAACUGAAAGACGGUUCUGAGAAAGAACGUCAAAGAGAAAAAGAACGAGAAAGGGAGAGAGAAAGGGAUGGACCCGUGGUGAACUCACGUCAGAAUCGAACACGACUGGUGAUGACCAGAUCAGGACGAAGAAUUAAGGGAAGAGGACCCAGGCGUUACCGGACUCCAUCUCGGUCUCGUUCUCGCUCGUGGGACAGGUUUCGGCGAAGUGAAACCCCUCCGCACUGGAGACAGGAAAUGCAACGAACACAGAAGGCCAAACCGAACACACAGGCCACACAGGAUCGCUGGAUAAAAGGAGACAAAGGUGACAUGUCUGAGGAUAAGGCAGAUGCUGCUGAGUCAAAGGAGAAAGAGAAACCCAACACAGACAGAGAGAAAAAGAAUUCUGAGAGAGAAAAGAAAGAGAGCAAGCGAAACAAGUCGAGGAGUCCGUCUAAGGGACGAGAGAGGAAAAGUGGCAGACAUCGCUCCAAGAGCAGGGAGAGAGAUGGACGGAAAAAGGCGGACGGAGAAACUGAAAAGAGAAGAGGGAGGAGUCGCAGCAAGAGCAAAGAGAGGAAAGGAGAGAGGGAACACAAACGCAGCAAAACCGAUGAGAAAAGGGACCGGUCGAGCAGCAAAGACAGGAAUGAAAAGGACAAAGAUGCUAAAGAGAAGGAGAAAAAAGAAAAAGAACGAGAGAAGAGCAAAAGCAAAGAGAGAUCCAAAAAGACUGAAAGUGAUGGAAAGGAGAAAGAAAAGCAAAGAGGGGAAGAUGGGAAGAAACAUCGGGAAAGUGAGAAAGAACGUGAAAAAUCUCGAAGCCGAGAAAGAGAACGAGACCGUGAUGCCAAGCGGAAGUCUAAGUCUAAAUCUAGGUCCCGAUCGAGAGGGCGUGGCCAGAGAGGUUCACGUGAACGAGGGAGGGAUAAACGACAGAGCAGCAGCAGUCGAGACAGGAAAUCUAGAAAAUCGAGAAGCAGAGAGCGAGAAAGUGGUCGAGAGCGGCAAAGAGGUGGAGAGGAGAGAAAGGAAGAGAAAAGGAAGAAUAAUGAAGAAAGCAAGGAGACCAGAGGGAGGGAACGAAGCAGAGACAGCAGAGAUGCUAGAGGUAGAGACGGUAGCAGAGACACCAAAAGGAGAGAUGGAAGCAGUGAAGUCAGGAGGAGAGAUGGAAGCAGAGACAACAGGGGCAGAGACGAACGUAAAGAGACCAAAGAUGGAAAUGAAGACCGAAACACCAGAGGGAGAGAUAGAAACUCUAAAGAGCAGUCCAGCCACAAACGCGGAAGCAAAGACGGGACUGACCAGCACGGCGGAGACAAAGAAAGGCGACGAAGGAGGAGCAGCAGCAAGAGCAGUGACUCGGACAGCGACAGAGAUAAACAUAAGAAAAGAACGAGGAGUGAGAGCCCCAAAUCCAGGAAAAAGAAUUCUGAAAAAUCGCGCAGCCCCAGGAGAGAUAGAAAUCAUCACAGAAAUCAGAAAAAGGACUCCAGCUCCAGUGACAGCGAAUGACCAUCCUGUUCUGAUUUCUCUGCUUAAAGGAACAUUUGAGGGUUUUUUUUUUCUUUCUUUCUUUUUUCAAACUGAUGUCCAUCUCUCACAUCUGUAGGAUAUUGGUUUGAUAUCGAUUGCCACAGAUACGUUUUCCCCUUUUAUCCUGUGCUUUACGCAAGACAACUCUCUCUCAAAAACAUGGAGAGGUACUUUACUUUGGAUUGGACGUCAAUGGAAAGGUACUUUAACAACUGUGGCUGUUGGAUUUUGUGGUAAAUUACCAUGUGCUACAGAUGUAGAAGAUGAUGAUUAGGUAAAAAAUAAUAAUAAAAUAAAAAGUGACCCAAUCCUUCACCUCUAAACAGUUGACAUGCUGAGGCCCACCAUAAGAACGGUUAAGAAGGCUGUUUCUCCCUGGCAUUUACAUCAAUAUUUUUUUUUUUUUAUUGACUUGCGAAC